UGACGCGAUCGCGGGUUCCGGUUCCGGUCGCCCCUUUUCUCGGCAGCGAGGCGGCGGAGCCGAACAGUGCCAAGAUGCAGAUCUUCGUGAAGACGCUGACGGGUAAAACCAUCACCUUGGAGGUGGAACCCAACGACACGAUCGAGAACGUCAAAGCCAAGAUCCAGGAUAAAGAAGGGAUCCCUCCGGACCAGCAGCGCCUGAUCUUCGCGGGGAAGCAGCUGGAGGAUGGCCGCACCCUGGCAGAUUACAACAUCCAGAAAGAGUCCACCCUGCACCUGGUGCUGCGCCUACGUGGGGGCAUCAUCGAGCCCUCGCUCCGCCAGCUCGCCCAGAAGUACAACUGCGACAAAAUGAUCUGCCGCAAGUGCUACGCUCGCCUGCACCCCCGCGCCGUCAACUGCCGCAAGAAGAAGUGCGGCCACACCAACAACCUCCGUCCCAAGAAGAAGGUCAAGUAGAGCGGCCGCCGUGCCCGUGCGCUGACAAUAAAGCUCCACAGAGCCACCGACCCCUCCCGGGCCGGAUGGUGUGUGCACAAA